AUGGGAAUGGAAGAGGAAGAUCUAAAAGAGUUGCCCCAAGUGGUAAAACUAGGAGUGCGUAUGAACUACUAUCCACCAUGUCCCAACCUGAUCUUGUUCUUGGUAUCAGUCCCCAUUCUGAUAGUGGCACCAUAACCAUUCUUCUGCAAGAUGAUCACAUCACUGCUCUUCGGAUUCAUCACCAUGGCCAUUGGAUUCCUGUCAAACCUCUUCCUGGUGCUUUUGUUGUUAAUGUUGGUGAUACUCUUGAGGUUUGGAGCAAUGGGAGGUACAAGAGCGUUCAGCACAGAGCAGUGACAAAUGAAAGCAGAGCAAGAAUUUCGAUAGCUAUGUUGGUGAGUCCACAUGAUGAAGCAGAAAUGGGUCCAGCGGAGCCAAUGUUGCGCAAUAGUCCUGCCAUGUACAGAAGCAUCAAGUGUAUUGACUAUAUGAGGCAUUUCAUGGGCAGGAAACUUGAUGGGAAAGCCCUUGAUUUUCUUAAGCUACAAGCCAACUCAUAAUACCAAUUUAGAGUAGGCCAACUAAAAUU